GUUUUGUGAUUGGAGGAGAGCGAGUGCUUCACGGCCAGUGAUUGGCUCUUUGACAUGUCAGUCAAGUUGAUUGGCACUGACGUAACAGCGCCUGAGACAGCCCGUCCCGUGUGGUGGCGACAGAAGCUAACUCUCAGGUCUGAAACCCAGGUGGAUGCACUGUUGUAUAGUAAAUGUCAGUCAUGUGGACGGUGAAGGUGGUCGGCCUGGGUGUGUUGGCCCUCUCUCUCAGUGUGGAGCUGCUUGGCUGGCUCGUCCGACGCCUCAGGUCUGGAAGAACCCUCAAUGAGGUCCUCUUCUUUCCCUCUGAGAUGGCCUGUGUGGAGCACAUCUUCACUCCCUCGUCGACUCAGUACACUCUUGUUUUCGGCUCUCCCAGGUCCUGUCUCUGCCCGUUGCCUCAUGGCAUAGAUACCUGUUUAUCCCGUCUUCUCCGACACAUACUGUCUGCUUCCUCCUCUCUGGACUUGUGUGUCUUUGCCUUCUCCAACCUGGACCUGUGCAGGGCUGUACUAGCGUUGCACAGCAGGGGCGUCACCAUCCGAGUCCUCACUGACAAGGACUACGCCGCCAUCACUGGCUCCCGGAUAGGGGUCCUCCGCAAGGCCGGGAUCUGUGUGCGAUGCGAUGUGGCGUCUGUUUACAUGCAUCACAAGUUUGCAGUGGUGGACGGCCGGCUGCUCAUCACCGGCUCCCUCAACUGGACGCUGACAGCAGUGCAGAGCAACGCGGAGAACGUCAUUGUCACCGAGGAUCCACACCUGGUGCGUCCCUUCCUCAAGGAGUUCCACAGGUUAUGGCAGCACAGCGAUCCAGCCCGAUACCUCCACUCAAGUGACCCACAUCCUGCUCACAUUACUACCAGCACCUGUGACUGAAUAGCCAUAAUGAACAUUGACUCAGAGCUCAUCAACGUUUGAGGCAGAAGGUUUGCAUCGUCAAUCUGUUUGGUCAGCUUGGCCACAAAACAUUGACUGUUGAGUCUGGCUUUGGAGGACUUAAAGUGACGAUGUUUACUGUUCAAGAUGGUUAAAGUUUUUUAUUUAAAAUAUGUUUAAGAAAACUUGUUUCACCAGACCAAAUCUGCAUUUAAAAGUUCCUGUGUGAUUUUAGUUUGUUCUUAUAUUUUACUGUUUGGCACAGGCCUAAGAUCCACAACUUCAAUGUGGUCCAGUUCUACCUCUGUUUGUGUUAGGUAAGAAUAUUUCUUAAUUAAAAAAAUAAUUAAAGUUUAUGUUUUUUAUAUUGUGUCACAGGUUGACAUUACACAAUCACAGUUGCUUUUUUUUUUCUCUCAACUGAUGUGAUCAAAUGAAUCUUCUUUCUUCAUGAUCAUAAGGCUAGUUUAAUGAGUUGAAUGCCUUUCUUUAAUAAUAAAAAAAAACACAGUUCACAGUGCGUGUAGAACUACUUUAAAUUACACUGGCUGUAAAAACCAGUGGAUUGUUUAGGGUGUGCUACUACAGUCUCAGGGACUAAGUGUUGCCAAGCACCAAUAAAAAAACAAAACUCUUUCACUGUGCAGUUUUGGCAGUAUAUUUUCUCUUGCUACAACAUGAUUGACUCUGUCUCAAAUAUACAAUCUGGCCUUACAGCACAAAAACAUGCUGGUAUUCUCCAUGCCAAACAAUACCAUCCUCUGAGGUUUGCAAACCCAAGUAGAGCUCUUAUCUCAUUUGGACAUGAUUGAUGUGCCUGCUUGCAUGACUCCUGAAUUGCUCACAGUCAGGAUGAUGCUUGUUGAUAAAUACCAGGACUUGGGUUUGUCUGAUUCAAGACGUGAAAUAUUUCAGUGAUUUACAUCUUGAAGUUAAGCAUAUUAAAUGGGGAUGUUAGACCUUACGAAUCAGCUGCUAUUUUUUAUUCAUGGUGUAAAUGUGACUUAUUAAACGGAGAGGUCAUGAGUUUGGAUUCGUUACUAGUGCUUGAUGCCUGCGCCAUUUAACACAGUUUGAAGCAGGGCCGCCUGGAAUUUACAAAUGAAACUGCAUGCCAGAAUAAAUACCGGAAAUGUGGUGAUUUAAUCUUCAAAUUAAAAGUUUGGCAGGA